AUGAGAUUGGACAGUGGUGUGACAUUAAAUAUGAUGAUGACUUUUAUCCUGGGACCAUUGUUGAGGUCAAUGAGACACAUGCAAAAGUCACAUGAAUGGUUGGGGGGGAAAAAUCGCUUCUACUGGCCAAACCGUGAGGACACUUUGUGGUAUCCCUUUGAUGGUGUUGUCAGAAUCAUCUCACAACCAACCCAAGUGACAGGGCGCCAUGUUGAAAUAGACAAAGAAAUAUGGGCUGAAAUCGCCAUAUUAAACCUCUACAAGGAGUUCACCAAGAAGGAACCAAGAGUGAAGCUCAGUUAUUCAUCCUUCUGUACCUUACGUCCAUUUUGUCACAGCACCAAGACCAUCAGAUCUGGCGCGCUGGGAGAGCUUCUUCUACAAUAUGAAGACAAACUAAAGACAGAAACAACAACACACGUGUGCUCAGUUCAGAACCAGACCAGAGAGUACAGGAGCAUGAUUUAG